GAAUUACGACAUACAAAAACUCGUUACAUCGUAAAAAAAAUAAUUUAUCAAGAAAAUAUUUAAAAUCCAAUACUGAAAAAUAAAAAAAUGCAUGAAAAACCAGUAGAAAAAAGACAACUUCAUGAAAAGAAAGAAGAGUAAUCAAUAAAUAAAUUAGUGAAUCAGUAAAAAAAUAAAUUAACAUCAAUAACACAACUCGUACAAAUAUUCAAGUACCAAUUUAUAUUGAAUUGCGAAAAUUGUUAUAUUACUCAAUAACAAUGAAAACAAUUACUAUCCUUGGUUAUAUUACAACAAUUAUUCUCGUUGCACUAUCAUUAAUUGAAUCUAAAAGAAUAUCAGCAUUUGAGCGAAUAAAUGAUUUUGUAGAAUUACAAUCUCUGAAAUACAGCCUUAUUGAUGAGUACCUUCAUAAUUUUGAAACUGAAGUAGCAUUUAAACUUUUAAGUGCAUAUGUUCUUGACGAAAUUGAAUUGGAAUCAUUUUCUUUACAUUUAAAUUCAACUGGAAUGCUACCAGACUGGAGCAUGACGCACAAACUGAAAAAUCCAAAAUUAUAUGAAUUAUUACGAUACGAUACUUCUGUCGAAUUAAUUCCUCCAAGUAGAAACAAAGCUAUUAAAGAUGCAACAAAUCUUAAAAUGACAGUCUUUCAAUAUUCACCUAAAGUUUUAGUUGAGGAAUUAUGUGAUGUUUAUAUAGAAGAAAAAUUGGAUGAACUAAUUUCAUUGGAGGAUUACUAUGCUAUUAGGGUUUUAAAAAGAGAUGAUCGUCAAAUUAAAAUGGAAAACCCAGUAAGUUGGAGAAUGAGAAGAGCAUUAUACAGUUUGGCUAUUCGACAAUACAGGCCUAAUUUAAUUUCCAGUUUUUUACCAAUACAUUGUUUUCAUAGAAGAUUCUCCAACAGGAGUCGAUUAUUUAACAUGAAAGUGAAUGAUUCUUUUCGACUUACUCGCUUCUUGCUUUGCACCGAUAAAUACAUAUUAGAAGAAUCACUAACGAGUUCUUCUGCUUAUGACCAUACCUCUUCUUCUCAUUGGAUAUCUUUCGAAAUUGUAAUUACUGAUCCUAGGUUGGUAGUAAAUUUAAAUGAAAUCCUUAAAUCUGAUGAUCGGAAUGCUUAUUGUUUAUUUCCUACAUUGUUAUUGAAGGCAUUGAGUGAUUCAGAAGAUCGAAACACAUCCUACGGAUUGAUAUCAUUUAUAAAAGUGCAAACUGUACCAACUGAAUCUAGAUCCGAAUUUCUUACUGCUAUGGCGAAUAAUAUCGAGGAUUACAAAAUGAAGGAAAGAGAAUACUUUAACAACAACCCUGCGCCAAUAAUUAAUAGUGAUGAAAGUGAGUAACGUAUAUACAAGAUUUUGAAACAAAAUAUUAUAUAAAGCAGAGCAAGCGAGGAUUUUUCUUAUGUUUGACAAAUAUAAUUAAUCGAAAUAUUGUCAGUUAACUUGUUAUGUAUAUGUGCGAAAAAUAAUAAAUACCUAACAACAUAAAUAUAUCAACUUUUACAUUUAACUUCUAUUACUAUUUACAUUCUAAAUUUUUUUUAACUUCUAAUCGAUUUCUCAAGUGAAUGAAAAAAAAAAUCUCACGAAAAAACAUGGAAAACAAAUGAAUACCAAAGUUCUGUUUUUUUACAUGAAAGGAAAAGUUGUCGAAUGGCACAGCAAGGAAUUAUAAAUUAUUAUAAUAUCUGCCUAAUUUGUGUACCAAACUUAUCGUGCUUUAAGAUCAUUGUUUAAAAAAUUUUCCAUACCUUUGGAAAAUGGAAAAACAUUAUUUUUACGCUUAUUAUUUUUUAAAUUUAAGGAAAUUGAAAAAUUUACGAAGCUUAGAGAGAUUAUUUGUUAUCAAUUUAAAAGUAUUUUGCAUAAAUGCAUAUCAUACACUACAUGCAAAGAUUAAAAUUAUAUCUUAAAUAAAAAAGUAAAUAAAAAAAAUUUUAAAAAUAAAUAAUAUUAAAUUUUUUAAUAAUAAAAAACAAUAAAUGAAAAUCGUAAAUAUAUUGCAGUAUUAGAAAUUCGAAACAAAUUUGAAAUAUUACAUUUGUUAGGAAGAUAAUUUUUUAUGAGUAGUGAGUAAUAUUGAGAAUUUUUGUCAUGAACUACAUAUCAGUAGAAGGAGGACAACUUCAUCAAAUAAAAGAAGAGUAAUCAAUAAAUAAAUUAGUGAAUCAGUAAAAAAAUAAAUUAACAUCAAUAACACAACUCGUAUAAAUAUUCAAGUACCAAUUUAUAUUGAAUUGCGAAAAUUGUUAUAUUACUCAAUAACAAUGAAAACAAUUACCAUCCUUGGUUAUAUUACAACAAUUAUUCUGGUUGCACUAUCAUUAAUUGAAUCUAGAAGAAUAUCAGCAUUUGAGCGAGUAAAUGAUUUUGUAGAAUUACAAUCUCUGAAAUACAGCCUUAUUGAUGAGUACCUUCAUAAUUUUGAAACUGAAGUAGCAUUUAAUCUUUUAAGUGCAUAUGUUCUUGACGAGAUUGAAUUAGAAGCAUUUUCUAUACAUUUAAAUUUAACUGGAAAGCUACCACAGUGGAGCAUGACACGUAAACUGAUGAAUCCGAAAUUUUAUGAAUUAUUGCGAUACGAUACUUCCGUGGAAUUAAUUCCUCUAAGUAGAAACAAAGCUAUUAAACAUGCAACAUAUCUGAAAAUGACAAUCUUUCAAAAUUCACCUGAUGUUUUAGUUGAAGAAUUGUGUGAUGUUUUUAUAAAAGAAAAGUUGGAUGAACUAAUUUCAUUGGAGAAUUACUAUGCUAUUAGGGUCUUAAUAAAAGAUCCUCAACAAAUUAAAUUGGAAAACCCUGUAGGUUGGAGAAUAAGAAGAGCAUUAUACACUUUUGCUAUUCGACAGUUCAGUCCUAAUUUAAUUUCUAGUUUUUCACCAAUAAGUUGUUUUCAUAAUAGAUUUUCCAACACGAGGCAGUUUGCUAACUUUAAAAAUAAUAAAUUUUAUCCACUCACUCACUUCAUAUUUUGCAACGAGGAAAACAUAUUAGAAGAAUCACAAUCGAGUUUUUUCGUUAAUGAUCGUAACUCUUCUCAUCAUUAUGUAUAUUUCGAAAUUGUGAUUACUGAUCCCAGGUUGAUAUUAAAUUUCAAUGAAUUCACGAAAAUUGAUCGAAAGGUUCAUUGUUUAUUUCCUAAAUUGAUAAUGAAGGCAUUAAGUGAUUCAGUAGAUCGAAACACACCCUACGGAUUAAUAACAUUUGUAAAAAUAGUAACUGAACCAAUUCAAUCUAAUUCCAAAUGGCUUACUGAAAUAGCGAAUAAUAUCGAGGAUUACAAAAUGAAGGAAAGAGAAUACUUUAACGACAACCCCGCGCCAAUAAUUAAUGGUGAUGAAAGUGAGUAACGUCGUAUACAAAAUUUUGAAACGAAAUAAAUAAAAAUAACCUGCUUCUUUUUGUAUCUUAUCUAAGUCGUUUAAAAGCAUAGCAGGUUAUUUUUUCUUUUGUUAAAAAAAAUAUCAUGCGGAAUAUUGUCACUUAAGUUAUUAUGUACAUGUGCAUAAAAUAAUAAAUAACAAAUAUUAUAUUCAA